UCAGUGGUAAGGUAAUAUAUAUGGUGGAAAAAUUUUAUGAAGUAUUUACACAUGUGGAUGUGUUGAAAAGUCGCGAACCGGAAUAUUUCAUUUGUCAAAAGCCAAUAAUAGUGGAUUUCGACAAUUUGAUUGGCAAUAAAAAUUCCAAAAAUAGCAAAGAAAUUGAAAAGGUGGGGAAAUUAGAAGUGAUGGAUACCGACAGUGAGCAAACGAUGGAAGUACAAACGAAUGGAGGAUUGUCGUCCACGUCUACCGGGACGUCGGUUGCUGCGGUAAAAACAUUCGUUAGCAUAUUGGAAGAGGGAUGUAAAAAGUAUUACGAUGGAACACCACCUAUAUUUAUGCCUGCUUUCGUAGAAAUGCCCAAUUUAUUUGCAAUACGAUGUGAACUGUACGGUAUUCAUACAAUAGGUCAUGGUAGGACAAAGAAAAUAGCAAAACAAAUGGCUGCAAAAAAUAUGCUGAAAAAAAUGAUUGAGAAGGAAUCAUUCAGUGAUUUUGAACUCGGUAAAACAAAAGAAGAAGCAUUAGCUAGCUUGGAGAAUUUAACGAUUGAUUUCCAAAAUCGAGGAAGUGGUGAUGAUUCUGUUGCAGAGAACUGGGUGGGAAAAGUAAACGAAAGAUGUCAAAAGCUGAAAUUAUCAAGUGUUAAUUAUGAAAUCGAUGAAGAAGGACCUCCAAAUCACCGGAUUUUCAUUGCUACUUGUAAAAUGGGGAAAGUUCAUGUAGUAGGACAUGGAAAAACGAAGAAGAUAGCGAAGACACUAGCAGCUCAAAAAAUGUAUGCUCAGUUAGAAAAUUGGAAAGAUUUGGCAGAUGAUAUUGGAAAUGCAGCGCUUGUUGCUGCUGCAGGUCAAGAAACUACGAACAAUAGUGAAUCUACAGCAAAUGAAAGUCUGAGUAAUCUCGAUGCAUCAGCCAAUGCACUGGUGCAUCCGGACUCGUUGCAAAAAGUUCGUGCUGCAUUUCGAGAUGGCUUUGAUGUAACAGGUCUUACAGAAAAAUUGAUCAAAUUGAUUAAUUCUGGUGACGAAAAUAUCAACAAAAUUUUCCUGAAUCAAAAACUGAAUUUUGUAUUUCUUGAACCAGACUUGGAUGGUAACCUCCAAUGUCUGCUCUCAAUUAAUGGUCCUAAUGAUAUGAAGAACGCUUUCUAUGGAUUUGGAACGACGGAAACGGAUGCGAAAGAUUAUGCUGCGCGAAAUGCGCUUAUACAUUUAGAACUGUUUAUACGGACUUCGGAGCCAUCACGAGGUUCCAGUGAUCUGUCAGAGACACAAUUGACGAUUGGUUCUUUAACAUGGACAAAAAAUUCCCCAGAAGAUGAAAAUCAGAAUUCUUCAUCAGAAAAGCAGUAAGACGUUGCUAAUUCAAAAGAUUCCUUCGCAUCGAUUUCACAUGGAUUUAAAAGUUUAUUAUUUCCACAGUUUGCGUCAAGGAACCAAAAUAGAUUCCCCCCCCCCCCACCUCCCCAAAGGAUCUG